AUGAAGACGAUUGGAAUCUGCAUUCCGACAAUCGAGGGAGGUGUGGUGUGUCACCAGGAGAUUGGUCGUGAAGCCAUGAGGCGAGGCAUUGCCUAUCCGCCCAUCGUCACCCAUACCCCGCUAUUCGAGGGAAUCGACCAAGCUGUCAAGACCGGUGAUUUCGACUCGUUAGUGGCAGUUCUCAGUGAAUCAAUCAAUCGAACAGCCCAAGCGGGUGCAGAGUUUGCUAUUAUUCCCUCGAACACUCCGCAUAUAGUACUCGAUGAAACGGCAAAGCACUCAACGAUUCCUGUCCUCAGUAUCCUGGAGGUCACCGCUGGUUAUUGCGAGAAGCAUGGCUAUAAGCGCGUUGGGAUACUGGGGACAAUACCAACUGUCAGAAAUGGUCUAUAUGAUGCUUCAUUGGCGAAAAGGGGCAUUGCAUCGGUCUAUACAUCCGAGUCGGAACAGGACCGCGUCCACGAUAUCAUUCAGACAGAAUUGAUUCGUGGUAUCUUCCGAAAUGAGACGCGUAAUGAGCUCGUGGGAAUCGCACAACAGCUGGCGCCGAAAUGCGACGCUAUCAUUCUCGGAUGUACGGAGCUACCUCUCAUCCUUGACGAGGAGAACUGUGGGAUCAAAGUCGUGGAUACUACGAGGAACCUGGCGCAUGCCGCGUUGGAUUUUGCAGUCAGGGAAUAG